AUGGAUCACGAAGGCUACACCAUAGAUUACGAAGGCUAUACGGUGGAUUACGGUGUUGGCGCGAUGGCCAAACGAUGUCUAAAAGACGUCGUUUUGAGGUUUGCCCUUUUAGUCUUCUGUGAUCCACAGUAUUAUGGAAGUGAUUGUGCCAUCAAAUGUGUGCCUACAAACAAAUGUGAUGGUCAUUACACAUGUAACCAUCAGGGGAACAAGAUAUGUCUGAAUGGAUGGAGGGGAACAGACUGUACAGAACAGGUUCCAGGCAGUGAUGUCGACUGUAGUGUUUACACAAAUAAAACAGAGUUUUCAUCGAGUGAAUGGGAAGGAUUGUAUUCCUGCGACAAUAAACAACACAACUACCCAUUAUUCUUGAAUGCUACCAAACCUAAAGACACACUGACUAUUGAUGCAACUCUUUCCUUUAGAAACAUAACAGUCCAAGUUUCUGGGACAUAUUCAAUGUGGAGUAAGGUAUUAUCAUUACAAGAGGAGACAUCACUAUUAUAUGAAAGUCAUAAUUUAACAAAGAUUGUCUUAGAAACCAGAGAAAUAAGCUCAUCCGGUAUGAUUGGACAAUUAUCUUUAUACAAAGCAGAUGGUGGAAAACUAACCUGUAUUGUUGAUCCUCUGAGUUUGAAAAUAGCAUAUUUUGAUGGAUGUGAUUUUAAAGGAACAUGUGUGAGAUAUGGAAAGAGUAAACAGAACUAUUACUGCUGUUGCAAUGAUGGAACAAUUGGUACAAGUUGUACCGUAUCAACAAUACUUCCAGGUAUAACUACAAAAAUAAAUGCACAGAAAAUCAGCACAACUACAGAUUUGCCGCAAAAAACAACUAGACCAUAUGUCAAUGUAACACAUAAGCAAACAUCAAUUGCACUAAUUACAAGAACUACAAGAGAAAGUCAUUAUAUAGGAAUUUCCGGUACGUAUAUCUAA